AUGAGCACAAAUAAUUCCAAUCUAGCACAUCACCUAACCGACCUAACCCUCACUCCAAUUCUCUCCUCCUCCCAAUCCUCCAACUCAAUACCCCCACCCACCUCCUCCCCAAACCAGACCACCGCCCAAGCCCUCACGCAACUCACCACCACCGCUUUAACAGCCUACAACCUCUCCCAACGUCUCGCGCUCGGCCCACCGCAGCGAAUCCUAAUAUCCACAACCUCCGGCGCAUCAAUUCUGCAUUCCUACCUCACGCAGCCUCCAUCCGUGUCCACCCAGAUACCAAGUCCUCUGCCCGCCUCACAGAGUAUAGUCUCAAGCGCACGACUAGACCUGAGACCAUUAAGCGCAGACACAAAUGUAGACGGGGAGAAUGGGGAACAGCCGUGGAGAAAUGGGGUCGAGGACGAAAGGAGACAAGUGCCGAUGUUGAUUGCGACGGUGAUAGCGCCACGGGCUGGUGAAGCGGGAGAGGGUAGAAGAAUGGCUGCGAGAUUGGAAAGAAUCGGGAGAGUGGUACAGAGGGACUGGUAUGAGGCGGAAAGGGAAGCGCAGGAUGAAUGA